UUGAUUCCAUUGUUCUCUGAAAGAGAAGACAGUGGAAUCGACAGUGACGACGCAGAUCGAGAAAGAAGGGUUCGGCGUCUUGAUCAUGGUGAUGAAUUAGCUGAAACAAGCAGCAGUGAUGAAGAUUUGGUUGUAAAGCCGCCAUGCGCCAGACCCGCAGGCACUAAUGAUUCCAAUAACAUGGAAGAAGGGUGGAUAGACUCUCCUCAGGUGAUAAUCCCAAUGAUGCCGUGGCAGGGCCGGAACGAGCAUUGUUGCGACUUGAAUCUACAUCCGCCUGAGUCGGAACUUCGAAGCAGUCCUGACCGAUCAUCCCCACCGCUGUAUGAAGUUGAACUGACGGCUUCCGAUGAAGAUGACGACAAUUCAGUUCUCGAAUUAGUUAUACCAGUGCAGAAUUCGCGUUACAAACGAGUGCCCACAUCGUCACCAACAAAAGUUACUUUUGUACCUCCGAAGCUAUUUUGCAAGUUGUUUUGUUGUUUUUGUAAUUAG